CGAGCGGCAGAAAAUAUUUCUACUGCGACAUCAAAUCGAGAGCAGAGGAGAGGGAGAGAACAACAGAGUAGAAACACAGCUCUAGGAGAGAGAUCGACAGAUGCACGAGGCUAUGCAACGGACAGUAAAGCUCGUGCACACGCCAGUUCCCACGGGCAUUGGGAACGAAGCAAACCUUGACGAAGAGGGAGUCAAAGAAUGCCUCAUCUGCUUCGGACGAGGGAUAGAUACGAUUCUCCUCCCUUGCCAGCAUUCUGGACUAUGUGUGUCAUGUGCUGAAAGUGUACUUCGAAGAUCGCCUUCCUUAUGCCCUAUCUGCCGCAUGGAAGUCUGUGAGGUCCUCCGCUUCGUCGGGGAGGAGAGCGUUUCCAUCACCGUAGACAACAAGGGCGACAACACGUUGCCACCAGACUUACAGGCUGAAUCCAACCAAGAGACAUCGCGAUCCUCGCCUUCCACUGAACUAGUGGAAUGCUCAAACGCGGAAGCCACAACGAGAGGUCAACAAUCAGAUGAUGACGGGGAAAGAGAAUGAUUAGGUGUGCCAUGUACAAUAGAUGGGUUUGAAAUCUU